AACACAUACGCCAUCAUUGUGCGACGUAAGCAGAGCUGUGCGUAGAGGAGGGUGGCGUGGAAGCGGCGCUCCUGAGUGGUUCGGUGAAAGUGUACUGAGGACCCUGACGUACGGUCGGCGGCGUGUGAAAAUGGCGAACAUUCGGAGUGUCAAGGGUAUGGUGGGGUUGGUGACGGGAGGGGCCUCGGGACUGGGGAGGGCCACGGUGGAACGGCUUGUGAAUAUGGGGGGCAGCGCCGUGAUCCUGGACCUGCCGAGUUCGGACGGGCAGAGUGUGGCGCAGAGCCUGGGGGACCGGUGUGCCUUUGCUCCUGCGGACGUCACCUCAGAAUCCGACGUGCGCUCUGCCGUGUCUCUUGCCCGUGAGAAGUUUGGCCGCCUGGACCUUGCAGUGAACUGCGCUGGAAUCGCUGUAGCCGUCAAGACCUACAACUUCAAGAAGGACGUGCCCCACAGCCUAGAGGACUUCACCAGAGUCAUUACUGUGAAUAUUGCGGGCACCUUCAACGUGAUACGGCUGGCAGUAGGAGAGAUGGGAAAGAACGAGCCGGACGCAGAUGGCCACAGGGGCUGCAUCGUCAACACGGCCAGCGUGGCAGCAUUCGAUGGACAGGUUGGUCAGGCUGCGUACUCCGCCUCCAAAGGAGGGAUCGUAGGAAUGACGCUCCCUAUCGCCCGUGACUUGGCGCCCAUGGGCAUCCGCGUGGUCACCAUAGCCCCUGGCCUGUUCUCCACCCCUCUGCUGGCUGGCUUGCCUGAGAAGGUGCGCACCUUCCUGGCCCGCCAGGUGCCCUUCCCCUCCCGCCUGGGAGACCCCGCAGAGUUUGCGCACCUGGUGACCUCGCUGGCCGAAAACCCCAUGAUCAACGGGGAGGUCAUCCGGCUGGACGGAGCCAUCCGUAUGCAGCCCUGAGAGAGAGGGAGGGGAAGGACGGAGGGAGAGAGAGAGAGAGAGAGAGAAGGGGGAGGGGAGGGGAGGGGGAGAGAGGAGUCUGGCCUGCUCCUUGGCAUGUCCUCCUUUUGGAGCACGGGGUCCGGACUUUGUCAUGUUAUGUCUCUAGCCGAUUUAUUUGGAAGCUGUGCGUGAGUGCGUGUGUGGUUCUUGCGUGCUCAUGUAUUUGGUCAAAACUGUCGAGACUACCUCCCCAGAAAUCCACAACGCCAUUGGUCCUGGUGUGUGAUUUGUAGAGGGCCCCAUUGGUCAAGUGCAUUUGCAGAGUGGAGAUCCACAGCUUUCUGUUCUUAGUCCUCAUGGGUUAAAUGUGUGUGAGAUUUGUCUGUUGGGGGAGUCCUUAUCUUAAGAGGGCCAGAAGCGGAUGCUCAGUAAUGCUGCCAGUUGGGAAUGCUACGCGUCUUUACAAACACUGGCCUGUCCACAUUUCCAUUCCUCUCUCUCUUUCUGCUCCCUAAUUCAGUGCUGCACAGCUGCUCUGGUCUGCAGCAGUGCUGCAUGGUGCCCAGUUUAAUUUGGUCGGUUUUAGAGGUGGGCGUGUGCAGUGCCUUGUUUGUGCGUUCGCGGUGUGUUUUUCGGCCUCUCCCCUGAUUAAGUCGAUGGCCUCCUGACCCAUGGUUCUGCUGUAUCGUUUAUCUGGAGUUUGCCUCCUCGUCCAGCCUUGCUUACCUGCGGGUCAGUCCUGACAGCGCAUCUGGUGAUAUCUGUGCUCUAAGUGGGAUAAUGCAUGCGUAAAAUGCAGAUUCAUUCGGUCAUCUCCCAACAAGCCCAAACAGUCCCCAAUGCAGUCCAUGCAUUUAUGACUUGCACGUAGUUAUUACCAGAUGUUGGUAUGGUUUGCCUGAAGAGGUUGCUCUUCACUCUGUCUCCCAGCCCAUCCCAUAACCCUGUUCCCACACACAUAUUUCCCCCUACCUCUCACAGUACACAUCACCCUUUCACUCUCUUCCUUGCUCCUUCCCUUUAUCUCUCUCUGCCCCCAUUGGCUUUCAGUCCAUCCUGUUUUAUGUCCCUGGCCUAUGGGAGUUGAGCAGGUGGGGCAUGUCUGAAUAUGUUCAGUGUAGUGCCUGGAGUCUUGGCCCUGUCCCCUGGGGGUCUUGUUGCCAUUCAAAGCUCAGGGACUCCUUUGACCCCACAGAGUUCAGACCCCCCCUCCCCCAAUCUCAUAUCUAAUCACUCUCAUGAGUCCAUAAUUACUAAAAAAGGGGGAAACCAAGCUAUUAUUAAUGGCUCUGACUAGGAUAACUGGCCACAUCUCAGUGGUCAUAGUGUUUAUGAUUAAACCGAAUGACCACAGAACUGUAUAGAUGAUAAAUUGCUCAAUCACUGGAUGGGGAAUAAUGCUUUGGGGUACUGAUGUUCUUUUGGUUGGGGAACAGUUUGACUAGCAUAUAUUAGUGUUUAUAGCUCAAAAUUCUCAAAUUCUCAAAGUUGAACAACCACUCGAGUUUCAUUACUCAAAUCUUUUAUUUAAAAAUGUUUAUGAAAUGGAAGAUGUAGUUUACUGAUUCACAUAAUAAAGAAUGUUUGAGUCAUCA